UUAAACUUAAUGUCACUUCUUUCGCACCAUUCCAGAGUGUGACACACGAUGAGAAACGAACAUCCAAAACGUUUGCUAUUCUUCUGCCUCGUCUUCAUCAAAGCUUGUCUAGCGGGUGAUGGACUCACCGUGUCGGAUCCUGUGGAAGUUGGUCUGGGUCAGUCUGCGUCUCUGUCCUGUAAAGUUAAGGAUGAACUCCACGUGACUCAGGCUCAGUGGACUCGCUGUAAUGACUCGAGAUCCAUUGCUGUGUUGAAAUAUGAAACAAAUGGAAAAUCUCAAGCUAGCAUUAAUGAGUUGUACCACGGCCAGGUCUCCAUCACGGAGUACCACACGCUCACUUUCCACCAGGUGCGGGAGGACGAUUUCGGAGAAUAUUGCUGCAAACUGACCACAUUCCCCAGCGGGAUUCUAGAGGGACGAGUCCUCCUUCUAAAACACAAGGAAAAGAAAGUGGAAGUGGACACAACGGAGAGCCCCCCCGCAGGUUUGCCUGUGAUGAUGAUCGUCUACAUCACUUGUGGUGUUGUUGGGUUUGUUAUUUUGACCGGGAUCAUCACGGUGCUGGUUUUUACUAUGAGAAGAAGAAAAGUGCGAAACCCAGUGCACGUGGUGGUGACCCACACGUCCCUCUCAGCCAAACAGCCGUCAUUCAUACGCAAAGACUCAGACUCUCUCAGACGUGAUGAUAAUAACCAUGAGGAUGAUGAUGGUGAUAUGUACCUGGAGAUAAAAAGCUCAGAGCCGUAGCAAACUUUUCUGUUCUUCAAAUCCUCGCUAGCGGUGCAGAUGGACUUGUUGUGUAAAUAAGUUUCUUAUCAGUGUUGUAUAGUUUGUGUAGACAUUCUAUCUUUAUUAUUAAAGUGAUGUUCACUGUC